AUGACGAUCGCAAAGAGGCCACCAUUCGAUAGCGAACUGGAAGUACUCUUGCAACCUCUCCUACAUGCGCUUGCCCAGCCAGGUGGUCUACCUCUACCAAAACUAGGGGAUGUUUUACCCACCGGCCUGUCCCAUGAGGAGCGAACAUUCCCCGGCCCAGACGGGAACCAAGUGACGGCUUCCGUUUUCUACCGAGAACAAUCCGAACCCAGAGAACGUCCCGGCAUAUACUUUAUUCAUGGUGGAGGGAUGAUUACUGGAAACCAGUUCUCGACUAUAUCCUGGGCCUUGCAGGCUGUCCAGGAACUUGACGUGGUCUGCAUCUCUGUCGAGUAUCGAUUGGCACCAAUGCACCCUGACCCGGCACCACUUGAGGAUUGUUAUUGUGGGCUUCUGUGGACCGUCAACCACGCCAAGGAGCUCGGCAUCGAUAUUUCCCGGCUUCUUAUUGCUGGCACAUCCGCAGGGGGAGGUCUCGCUGCCGGCGUGGCACUAUUGGCCCGUGACCGUGGGGGACCUCAAAUCCUAGGCCAGGUCUUAUCAUGUCCUAUGAUUUAUGACCGGAGUAAUACAGUCUCGGCCAAUCAGUUCGCCGGGGUUGGUGUCUGGGAUCGUGAAAACAACCUGCAGGCGUGGAAUGCUAUCUUGGGGGAACGUAGAGGAACAGAAAAGGUAUCGAUCUACACAGCACCUGUGCGAGCUACCGAUUCAUCCAGACUGCCGCCGACCUUUAUCGAUGUCGGUUCUACGGAAACAUUCCGCAAUGAGGAUAUCCGGUUUGCACAACGACUUUGGCAAAACGGUGUAGUCCAUACCAUGUCGCGAUUCUGGUUCCCUACUGUGUUUACUAGCAGCUAG